AUGAACCUCUACUUCACACCCAGCUUCAUCCUUCUUCCACUGAGCCAGAUGAUCGGCGGUACGGAGAUUGGAGUCUUGAUUGGGGUAUUCAUCAUUGGGUACAUCCUACAGUUGGCUCUGACGGCAUACGCAUCACGAGCUAUUCAAUUCCUGCUUCGGAAGUUUCAUUUAUCCAAAGGCCUUCCAUCACAAGCCCCUGGAACGAGUUCUUCAGACACGUCGCAAGAUGCCAGUGCCGAGGGGUCCUCUUCCGGAAAACCAGAGACAGGCCUUCCAUGCUCGGAGAGGCCGUCGGACAUUGAUUCUCGAACAUCAUCUCCCAAUGAGCCGUCGGCUGUUCUCGUUGCUACAAAGAGGUUGGCGGAUGCCAUCCCAAAGUACAUCGACAUAGGCACCUACCUUUGCCUUUUUAUCUUCAUCGGUAUCCCUGUCUACUAUUCCACUGGCUACACGAUGCCAAUCUUCCUCUCCUUCAACGUGCUGAUGUUCUUCGGCGCGAAUUCAAUCCCGUCCAAGAUUCGGCGAGUCGCUCAUCCUGUGAUCAUCACCGCACUCUUCAGCGUUCUCGGAAUCUGGGUCAUUGCUUUAACACAAAACAUGAGCUUGGAGGACGGGCUCAGCUUGUACAAGAUCGACUCGAACUAUUUGCAAUACUUCCGCGGCACUGCGGGACUCCCACUACCCGGCGCAGGGGACAUCCUCUCGAGCCUACUCGAUGCCAGCAUCGUGUCACUCGCAAUGCCCAUGUUCCAGCACCGGAACGACCUGCGUCGGUACUUUCUCGCAAUCCUGGGUCCAGUGGUGGCACUGACAAUGCCGUCGCUGUUCGGGUACCCACCCGUCUGCUUCGCUCUCGGCAUCUCUGCAACGCGGAGUGUCGCCAUGGCUCCCCGCAGCGUGACUCUUGCGCUAGCGCAGCUGUCGGUAGAGAAUCUCGGCGGCGACACGUCUGCCAUCUCGCCCAUCGCGGUGGUGAGUGGCAUCUCCGGCCCCAUCUUUGGGCCAACCAUAUUGCGCUUGCUGCGCAUCCCGAAAGAUGACUACGUAACUACUGGUGUGGUGCUUGGGGCGAACUCCUCUGCUAUCGCCACAGCCAUGCUGUUGGACAAGGAUCGCCGGGCUGCGGCGUUGAGUUCACUGUCGAUGAGCGUCUUUGGGGUUCUCUUCGUUGUUUUAACAGUUAUUCCCAGCGUGCAAAGUUAUAUACGUAAUCUGGUGGGAUUAUAG